UCACCCAAUAUGAUUAUACUGCAGUGCAUGUUGGUCCUCGAAAUGAUAUCGACAGCUUUUUGCUAUUCCCAUAUCCAGGUGUCACAGAAGCCUCAACGCAUUAUUCGGAAUUUCGGUGAAAAUGUAACCAUCACUUGUGCUUUCAGUAUUCCGUCUGAUGAUUCAGAGGUGGGUGUCUUCUGGUGGAAACUUGGCGAUAAUGCACUUCUACAUCCUAGCGCCGACGCUAGGAAACGGUAUUUUAAGAGAAAGGGCCAGGGCACCUUACUGCUCAUUGACAUCCGUCUUGAAGAUGCUGGAGUUUACUACUGCGGAGUUAAUCAAAACAGAGCGAUGAUUAGCAACGGGACUGGAACGACACUUGUUGUCUACAAUCCACCAUCUACCCCUACGAUACUUUCCAAAACACCUGAUGGAAAUUCAGACAUCUAUCUACAUCUCGUAUGUGAAACAGUUGACUUUUACCCAGCGGCGAUUACAUUCAACUGGUACAAAAAUACAAGCAAGAUUGUCACCGGGAUAAAAACAACACAGUACUUGACCGAUGCGGGGCUACAUCGAGCUUCCAGUACUCUACAGGAAUCACAGCCAAUCCAGAAAGGCACCUCUUAUAUUUGUUUGGUAUCUCACAGCGCCACCCAAAGUUCGAAAUUGUCUGUUUAUUUGGUGUCAAGUUCUACCUCAGGCAUUGACGUUAAUUUUGACAUUUUGGCGAUUGGGUGCGCAGUCAGCGGACUCGUCUGUCUCGUGCUGGGGGCCGUCAUUGGAAAGCGAUGCAAGUCACGUUCAUGCAGAGGGACAAAUCAAGAUGCACCUCGACCAUGCGAAGAAAUGACGCUGGAAGUAACCGAAGAUAGCAACUUGGGUUAUGCAGCUCUCAAUAUGUUUAGUUCGGAGAAAGGACGGACGCACAGACAACAGGAAAAUUGUACACAUUAUGCUGCAAUUAAGACAGGCAUGGAUGCAGUGCGAAAUUCGUCCACAGAAAUUUAGUAGGCAAAUGAUUUGCGAUUCCACCGGCAGAAUGUGAAUUCUUGUAGAAUCCUGAAGUGUAUUCUAGUUAAUGCUGAUACUGGUUCGUGGACUGAAUAAUAUGAAACAAAAAGCAUGGUUUUCCUUUUUUUCCGAUCUGUUAAACGAUGUAAUAAUGAUAAUUUUCUUGAUUCAUUUAUAAUGUACUGUUACUUGAACUUGCAUUAUGUGUAUUUCUGCAUCACUCAACCAAAGCAAUGUAACAAGUAUUGUGAAGAACUGAUACUUUAAGGGAUCAUGUUGUAUAUUUGGGUGCAGUAUGAUCACAUGUUAUUCCAUUCAAAAUGU